AGAUAUUAAAUGAAAAAAAAGAAUAGUUUUAGAAAGAGAGAUGUUGCGAUGCUUAAGAGUGAUUAAGAAGUGGGAGCAAAGAAAUUCCAGAAUUAUUAAGAAGUAAUUGGAGUGAGUGUUGAUAUAUAUGUUGAAUGUUGAAAAAAGGAAAAAGAGAAUGGAAUGUAUGAAAUUGAGAGAGUGAUAUCCUUUGCUUGCAUGCAAGAGGAAGAGGAAGAGGAGAGAGAGAGUUAUAGGUGCGGUGGUGGAGUGAGAGGGGUCCACAAUCCACGGUGACUGAGCACGAAAACCGAGGCCUCCAACGCCACUUAUUAAAAAUAAAAAACAAACAGCACCAACUUUUACUGGCUUUUCCCGGGAAAAUUAACAGCCUCGCCGGUGGUUUCUUCUCAGAUCGCGCCACCGGAGAAUCCAUGGACCACUCCUCCGCUCACCUCAAUAUUCCACCGCCGCCGGAGGCCGCGUCUCUCCGCCACGUCGACCGAAUGAUCAACUCCAACCACUACACCUCGCCUUCCAGACCAAUUUACUCCGACCGCUUCAUUCCGAGCAGAUCUGCCUCCAAAUUCGCGCUCUUCGACAUCUCCGCGCCGCCGGAGGGCCGCGACGACAGCUCCAGCGCCUACACCACGCUCCUCCGCACCGCGCUGUUCGGGCCCGACGCCGCCGGCGUCGUGCCGCCGCUCACGCCGGAGAAGGCGGCGUCGCCGGCGAUGACGCUCCCUAGUCGGAAUAUUUUCCGGUACAAGACUGAGACGCGGCAGUCCAUGCACUCGCUCUCGCCGUUUAUGUGCGACGAUUCGUUGCCCGGGGUUAGUCACGGCCCGGUCAAAGCUCCGAGGAAGGUUCCGAGGUCGCCUUUUAAGGUUCUGGAUGCGCCUGCGCUGCAAGACGAUUUUUACCUGAAUCUUGUGGAUUGGUCUUCGCAUAAUGUGUUGGCUGUUGGACUGGGUAACUGUGUUUAUCUCUGGAAUGCUUGUAGCAGCAAGGUUACUAAAUUAUGUGACUUGGGGAUUGAUGACCUCGUUUGUUCUGUUGGCUGGGCUCAACGUGGUACACACCUUGCUGUUGGAACUAGCAAUGGUAAAGUUCAGAUUUGGGAUGCCUCUCGAUGCAAGAAGAUAAGAUCUAUGGAGGGUCAUCGAUUACGUGUUGGGGCCUUGGCCUGGAGUUCAUCUCUUUUGUCUUCUGGCGGAAGAGAUAAGAAUAUCUAUCAAAGAGAUAUCCGUGCACAAGAAGAUUUUGUCAGUAAAUUGUCAGGGCACAAAUCAGAGGUUUGUGGACUGAAGUGGUCUUAUGAUAACCGUGAAUUGGCAUCUGGAGGAAAUGAUAACAGAUUGUUUGUUUGGAAUCAGCACUCAACUCAGCCUGUCCUGAAGUACUGUGAGCAUACAGCAGCUGUUAAAGCUAUUGCAUGGUCUCCACAUCUUCAUGGACUUCUUGCUUCUGGGGGAGGAACUGCAGACCGAUGCAUACGUUUCUGGAAUACAACCACAAACUCGCACUUAAGCUGCAUGGACACUGGAAGUCAGGUUUGCAAUCUUGUCUGGUCCAAAAAUGUCAAUGAACUCGUCAGCACACAUGGCUACUCCCAGAACCAGAUAAUUGUUUGGAGAUACCCUACCAUGUCAAAGUUGGCCACUCUUACGGGCCAUACCUACAGAGUUCUUUAUCUUGCCAUUUCUCCAGAUGGACAGACUAUUGUAACUGGAGCUGGAGAUGAAACACUAAGGUUCUGGAAUGUAUUUCCCUCCCCUAAAUCACAGAAUACUGAGAGUGAAAUCGGAGCCUCAUCUCUUGGAAGAACUAUAAUUAGGUGAUUGCUCCCUGGCAUUUUGAUUCAAUCAUGUGGCAUAUUUCAAAGUAAGGGUUGCUGUGCAGAAAAAAUUUCAGAACAAAGAGCACCAUGGUGAAAAACUUAGCAUGUGGAAAAUACCAUAACUAUGGCAUGCUUUACCAAUUAGAGAGCAUUGCUGAAGUUAUAUUAUGGCUGCCAAAGAUAUAGACAUGCAUGCAAUUCGUGAUGAGUCUCAUUUCUUAUAGAAAACAGGAUCAUUUCAUUGUCCGACGUAGAUUUAUACAUGUUAAUGGAGUUGUAGCCUUCUCUUCUCUCUCUCUCUCUCUCUCUCUCACUCUCUCUCUAUUUCGGUUCCUUUCAACAGUGCUCUCCGAUGUUAAAAAUUUCAAAGUAGUCCACAGAGAACACUUCCUUAGCAAGGUUGUAACAGCUGUUGUAUAUAAUUAUUCUUUUUUAGGAUUUUGAUACUUUAUUCCAUUUUUUUUUUACCUUAUGGCCAUCGAUAUUAUUUUGAUUGUUUAAUGAAGUUUUAUUUGAAAC